AUGACGCUCGCGCGGCCGGUGCGAGCGCUCAUAGCAGCGGUCCUGCUUGCCUGGUGUCUGUUCAUCUUCCACCUGAUGUCGCCGUCGUCUGGGCGAGGUCCAGCCGAGGAAUUGCAGUCGUUUGAGCGAGACCCCAACCUAGAUCCGACCGACGAGCCGACCGGGCUGCUGCACCGGACGUCGAGCGGCUACCUGCCGGGGCCCGAGGGCACGGAGCGCAUCAACGCCACGCUGCUGGCACUGGUGCGGAACGAGGAGCUGGACGGCAUGCUGCAGGCGAUGCAGGACCUGGAGCGGACGUGGAAUCACAAGUUCAACUACCCGUGGACCUUUUUCAACGACGUGCCCUUCUCGGACGAGUUCCGGAAGCGGACACAGGAGGCGACCAAGGCCGAGUGUCGCUACGAGAUCAUCCCGGCCGAGCACUGGAGCAUUCCGCCGUGGAUCAACCAAGACCUCUAUGCCGAGUCGGUCAAGAUCCUGAAGGAGAACGAUAUCCAGUACGGCGACAAGAUCUCGUACCACCAGAUGUGCCGGUGGAACAGCGGCAUGUUCUACCGCCACCCCGCGCUCGAGCACACGCAGUACUACUGGCGCGUCGAGCCCAAGGUGCACUUCUUCUGCGACAUCGACUACGACAUCUUCCGCUACAUGCGCGACCACAACAAGACGUACGGUUUCACCAUCAACCUGUACGACGCGCCCAAUUCGAUCCCGACGCUCUGGCCGGAGACGGUCAAGUUCAUGGCCGAGCACCCCGAGCACAUCCACCCGAACAACGCGCUGGACUGGCUGACCGAUCGCGUCCGGCGUCCCAACCACAACAACGGCGCCAACGGCUACUCGACCUGCCACUUCUGGACCAACUUUGAGAUCGCCGACCUCAGCCUCUGGCGCAGCAAGGCCUACGAGGACUACUUCAACCACCUCGACCGCGCCGGCGGCUUCUUCUACGAGCGCUGGGGCGACGCCCCGGUCCACAGCGUCGCUCUCGGCCUCUUUGAAGACAAGAGCCGCAUCCACUGGUUCCGUGAUAUCGGCUACCAGCACAUCCCCUUCUUCAACUGCCCCAACUCGCCCAAGUGUCACGGCUGUGUGACCGGUCGCUUCACCGACGGCGAGGCCUGGCUCAAUAAGGAGGACUGCCGGCCAAACUGGUUCAAGUAUGUCGGCAUGGACUAG